AUGCUGAGCAAUACCCGCAAGCGGCGCUUCUUCGACAAGCUGGACGAGAUAUACACGCCGCCAAAGCGAAGGAGCGUCGAACCACCUCAAGGAAAGUCUGCGGCUUCCCCAGGAAAGGCAGUCACGACUCCUUCCUUGCUGAACAACGAUGACAGUAUCUACUUCGUUCCCGUGGGACAGGACAUGACCCGAAGGCGGCUCGACAUCUGGAAGACGCAGUUGACCAAACGUGGGGUACACGUGGACGAUGCGUAUCGUCCAGGCGCAACGACGAUCGUGGUUGCGAGCACGACCCUCACCCGCGAACGACUUGCGUCCGUCUGUCCUGGGAUUGCGUCCGACUGCCGAGUAGUGUCCCCCGAAUGGGCGAUUCAGCUCCUCCAAACAAGACAGUUACCGUCUCAAUGUUCCUGGCAUGCCGUCGACGAAGCACCGCCAUCGACAACCCUGCCAUCACCACCAUCUGCAGCUGAAGAUGCACCGCCGCCUCAACCAGUGCAGGAUAAUAUUCUUCCCGAGUCAUCGUCGCUGGAGUGUACACCGAUGCCUGCAUAUCAAAUACAAAGCCAAGACGAUGAAGAGACCGACUGGGUAGCUCGUCGCGAGCUGUUCUACACGCACAACCCUGAAAUGCGCGCGAUCCACGCCGAGGAGAGCGCCAUGCCUCGAAAGGUCAACAUGGACGCGUUCGUGUGUACGACAUCUUCAGUGUUAAAAACGAACUUGAAUGCUCACUUGACGGCGCCGUUCGAACAACUUGUGGAGUACCUUCACGUCGAGCAUGAUGAGUGGCGAGAAAAUAGCUACAAGCGCAUCUGCUCGAUUUUGAAGCAGCUGCCGGUGCGCAUCACGUCCGCCGACGCCAUUCACCCCCAGCACGGGUUGAAUGCAAACGGCAUUGCAAAGAUCCGAGAGAUUCUUGAAACCGGAACGCUGCGGAAGCUCGAGGCAAAGAAAGCCGACGCGCGGCUCCAAGUCUUGCUGCGAUUCUCCAAGAUUUGGGGCGUCGGACCAGUCACCGCCACGAAUUUAUACAAUGCGGGGUUUCGCACACUGGACGACGUGCGGCGAAAGCAAGCCGACGUGCUGACCGAGAACCAGCGCAUUGGACUCAAGCACUACGAUGACUUUUUGGUCAAAAUUCCUAGGUCGUCGGGCGAAGUCGACGAGAUCGAGAGCGUCGUGAAGCAAUACGUCCAUAAACUCUUGCCCCGCGCCGUGGCCGUCACGUGCGGGUCGUACCGCCGCGGAAAAGGGCAGUCUGGGGACGUCGACGUCCUCAUCUCGGACCCAACGCAGGACGAUUGCAACAUUUUGCCCCGUACAGUCGAGUCAUGCAAACCAUGGCUGACGUACGACUUGACGACGAUGGACGAGCACCACAUCGGUGACAGCGAUUCGUACAUGGGCGUGUGUCGGUUGCGCGAGGUAGGAAGUCGUCCACGUGACAUUGUGAAGCGGACGGGACGCGGACAGGGCAUGCGCCAUCGCCGCAUUGACCUCAAGGUGUACCCACGCAACCUGUUUGGGUUUGCGCAGUUGUACUUUACAGGGAGCGACCACUUUAAUCGCAGCAUGCGCGCGUUUGCAAAGACCAAAGGCUACAGCCUGACGGACAAAGGACUGUACAAGGCAGCGCGGUCCAAAGGCGUAAAGAAACUCAAGAAAGGGCCGAACGUGAUCUGUCGAGACGAAAAGGAUGUGUUUAUUGCGCUGCAAUUGCCUUACAAGCGACCCGAGGAAAGGAAUUGCAUGGCGUAA